UGAAAAAGUAUAAAUACCACUAGCGUCUCUUCCUCUGCUCAGUACCACCUUCAGCAACCGAUACUUCACGUCGGCGAGAAGGAGAAAAAAAAUUUAAACAAAACCAGUCAGAAAAAUGCGUGAGUGUAUUUCUAUGCACGUCGGCCAGGCCGGCACCCAGAUGGGCAAUGCAUGCUGGGAGCUGUACUGCCUGGAGCACGGCAUCCAGCCGGACGGUCAGAUGCCCAGCGACAAGACCAUUGGAGGAGGAGACGACUCCUUCAACACCUUCUUCAGUGAGACCGGAGCUGGCAAACAUGUUCCCAGAGCCGUCUUUGUAGACUUGGAGCCAACAGUCAUUGAUGAGGUGCGAACUGGAACCUACCGCCAGCUCUUCCACCCUGAGCAGCUGAUCACUGGAAAGGAGGACGCUGCAAACAACUACGCUCGUGGUCACUACACAGUUGGCAAGGAGAUCAUCGACCUGGUUCUGGACAGGACUCGUAAACUGGCUGACCAGUGCACAGGACUCCAAGGUUUCCUCAUCUUCCAUUCCUUUGGAGGAGGAACCGGCUCUGGCUUCACCUCUCUGCUGAUGGAGCGCCUCUCUGUCGACUAUGGCAAAAAGUCCAAGCUGGAGUUUGCGGUCUACCCAGCCCCACAGGUGUCCACAGCCGUGGUGGAGCCCUACAACUCCAUCCUGACCACCCACACCACCCUGGAGCACUCCGACUGCGCCUUCAUGGUGGACAACGAGGCCAUCUAUGACAUCUGCCGCAGAAACCUGGACAUCGAGCGUCCCACUUACACCAACCUCAACAGGCUGAUUGGCCAGAUCGUCUCCUCCAUCACUGCCUCCCUGCGAUUCGACGGCGCCUUGAACGUGGACCUGACAGAGUUCCAGACCAACCUGGUCCCUUACCCUCGUAUCCACUUCCCUCUGGCCACCUACGCCCCAGUUAUCUCCGCAGAGAAAGCCUACCACGAGCAGCUCUCUGUUGCUGACAUCACCAACGCCUGCUUCGAGCCAGCCAAUCAGAUGGUGAAAUGCGACCCUCGUCAUGGCAAGUACAUGGCCUGCUGCCUCCUGUACCGUGGAGAUGUUGUGCCCAAAGACGUCAACUCUGCAAUCGCCACCAUCAAGACAAAGCGCACCAUCCAGUUUGUGGACUGGUGUCCCACAGGCUUCAAGGUGGGCAUCAACUACCAGCCUCCCACUGUGGUUCCCGGAGGAGACCUGGCCAAGGUGCAGAGGGCCGUGUGCAUGCUGAGCAACACCACGGCCAUCGCCGAGGCCUGGGCCCGACUGGACCACAAGUUUGACCUGAUGUACGCCAAGAGGGCCUUCGUCCAUUGGUACGUCGGCGAGGGAAUGGAGGAGGGAGAGUUCUCCGAGGCCAGAGAGGACAUGGCAGCCCUGGAGAAGGAUUACGAAGAGGUGGGAACCGACAGCGUUGGGGACGAGGAUGAGGGUGAGGAGUACUAGGUCACUGAAACAUCUGCUGCUUGCUGUGGCUCCAUCAGCCAACCAAUCCCGGAAAUAAAAGCUAAACACCAAAAUGUGUAAUUGCUAAGCUGUUUGGACUCAUUCCUUUAAAUUCUGCACAUUCCAGUGAGCUGCAAGUUUCCUGAGUCAUUUUACUCCCAACUAAUAAAGAACAUGAAGUCA